AUGCUUCAAAACAAGCUAUGCUACAGUGGAGCCUUUGAUCCAUCUCAAAAUGGAGCAAGUGGAGAUGUCCUUGUUAGAUUAGCCCAAGUGCAGUGGAAUAUUUACCUUCAAACAUGUCAUGGAUUGGAUACUCAAAGCUUGACACCUCUAAUAUCAAGCCCACAGUCAGCUUACGAAUUGUUUCGAAAUCCGAAGUUCAAAAAUUCUGGGAAGUUCUUAACUUUAUCUGAUUUUUUAGCCAUGGCAAAGAAUGCUAGAUCUCUUUAUGGUGUCUUAAUCAGCAUAGAGAAUGCUCCCUACCUUGCAGAGCAGGGUUAUGGUGUAACUGAUGCAGUGCUUAAUACUUUGAGCAAAGCUGGCUAUGAUAAACAGACAGCUCAGACAGUUAUGAUCCAGUCCAGUAAUAGCUCUGUUCUAAUGAAGUUCAAGAGUAAAACCAACUAUAAACUUGUCUACAAGGUUGAUGAAGAUAUCGGUGGUGCUGAGAGUACAACAAUUGACGACAUUAAGAGAUUUGCUAGCGCUGUGGUCAUCAGCAAGGACUGUGUCUUUCCUGAAAAUACAGCAUUCAUCACUGGUGUCACGGAUGUUGUCCCGAGGCUACAAAAAGCUAAUCUCUCUGUAUAUGUUCAAACCUUCAGUAAUGAGUUUGUAUCUCAAGCAUGGGACUACUUAUCUGAUGCAACUGUUGAGAUCAAUUCCUUCUACACUGUAGCUGGUAUUGAUGGUGUCAUUACAGACUUCCCAAAGACAUCUAAUAGAUACCGGAGGAACCGAUGCUUAAACAGAGGCGACAAAACACCUGGUUAUAUGAGCCCCGUUGAGCCUGGCAGCCUUUGGAAACUAAUCACAAAUGAUUACUUGCCACCAGCUGAAGCUCCAAAUCCCUACCUGAUUGAGGCAGAUGUUAUUGAGCCCCCUUUGCCUCCUGUUGCCCCAAAAACCACCCCAACUUCAAGGCCAUCUGGUACUGCAACAGCCCCAGCAUCAUCACCAAAUGGACAGCCUCAAGUGUCUGCUUUUGUUAUGGUGCCGCUUAUGGCUGCGCUUCUUGUCAUUUACUUGCUGUUUUGAAUCUGUAGAAAAGGCUGUCUGCUCUUUACCAUUUUGCCCCCUUCCUUUUCUCUCAUUGCUUGGAUGUCAAGUAGCUUGAAGCUUUUGCUACCGGCCGGAGUUCAUGCAGCGAACACCAUUUCUUGUUACUUCUCUUCUCCUCCUUAUUUAUCAGAUCAGAAUCUAUGGAGAAACCAAGGGAAAAAACCUUGCAGAACAGAGGAAAAAAAAAGUAUAGUAUUCUUAAAGGGGAAAAAAAUUUAAAAAGCUUGAGAGUUCGAGUUGUUUGAGUGGGUAUUCCUGCUCCGAGUUGAAAUCCUUUGUUAUAGAUCUGGUAAUCGUAGUAUUUGUGUUGUUAAAAA